AUCUUACGAGUCAAGUCAUUAAUAAACACUGAAAUUUGGUAGCAGCAGUGCAUUGUGGAAGGCAGGAAACUAUAGUAAAUUAAAAAAAAAUGUAUUGGGACUGGAAAUUUAGCAAUUUGGUUUCUCUGCUAUUUCUGGGAUUUGCGUUGUUUCUGUAUUUUCAAUUUCACACAUACCCAUCACCAUCUUCUCCGCUUCAUAUUGAUAACAUGGCUGAAGACGCCUCCCCAGAAUCCAUUUACGACUUCAGUGUCAAGGACAUUCGUGGAAAUGAUGUAAGUUUAAGUGAAUACAAAGGGAAAGUCGUUCUUAUAGUGAAUGUUGCUUCAAAAUGUGGUUUAACCCAAUCAACCUAUAAGGAACUCAAUGUUUUGUAUGAAAAAUACAAAAACCAAGGAUUUGAGAUUUUAGCAUUUCCUUGCAACCAGUUUGGGGGGCAAGAACCAGGAACCAAUGAACAAAUUCAGGAAGCUACAUGCUCAAUGUUCAAAGCAGAAUUUCCAAUUUUUGACAAGGUCGAGGUAAAUGGAAAGAAUGCUGCACCUCUAUACAGAUUUCUAAAAUCAGAAAAAGGCGGAUACUUUGGAGAUGCAAUCAAGUGGAACUUCACAAAGUUUUUGGUAAAUAAAGAAGGCAAAGUUGUGGAGAGAUAUGCUCCAACCACAUCACCCCUCAAUAUCGAGAAGGACAUACGGGACCUACUCGGAUCUUCUUAAUUGUCAAGGGAACCUGAGGAUCAAGAUCCGACUGAUGUUAUUGCAGAGAAGUUGCGUUCCCAGUAUAAGCGGUGUGCCCAUCAAGGGUUGAUCCAAGCCAUUUUUUAUUCAUUAUAGUAGGUGUUUUGCUUAUUUUAGUUCUAGGGAAUAAAAAGGUAAUGUGGUAGGCAUUUAUAUUGAUUUUGUUAAGACGUAUUUGGGAUCAUUUGUAUAAGGUGUAUCUUUGGAAGCUUACGAACUUGGAUCUGGUGUUUGGUUUAUUUUUUAGACGUUUUGAUGCUUAUAUGACUAGCUGAAUGAAUCA